AACUACACACUUCUCUUCCCUCUCUCUCAGUUUCUCUUUCUCUACCUCUUUCCAUCUCCAUCUCUCUCUUGAACAGAAACCCCCAAAGCCCAGCGAAAAGCGGUGGAGACUAAGACUCUACUGAUGCAACUGUUGCAAUGGCAAACUAAUGGCUGAUGGAAGUUGUUCUUUGGACUUCAUGAAACAAGGCGUUGCAUUUGACUUAAUGCCAGGUUCCAAGAUGAAGGGAAGAUGUUCGGUUUGCUGUGAACUUCAUUUUGGUGACUGUGGAGAGCUUUCUAAACAGGAUGCAAAUAUUGAUGAUGUUCUGCACAGAGUGCAGCACAUAACAUACAAAAGAAAUUGUUCCAUGCUAUCAAAAUCCAGUAGAAUGUCUCAGAACUUCGUGUACGUAUACCAACGUAGAGAAGACAAUAAGAAGUCUCCCUCAUUCUUUGAAAUUAUUUCAUCUGCUGCUGCUAAAGCUAGUAAUGCUGGCCACUCUGCCUUUGGUUCUGAAGCUCCUCUGUUGGAUGCCAACAAGCGUGCAGUUUCUGUUCCAGAGCGUGCAGCAGAAGGUGUAAGAUCUUCUGUGGCGCAUCCAGUUGAAAACUGCAAAGGGGCUACAGCAUCCUCUAAUGAGUUUCGUGCUGUGGAAGAAGCUGGUUCUGAAGAGGCCUUAACAAAUGAUGUAGACAGAAUUUUGAAUGAUUGCAAUGCUAAGGAUCAUUGUUCAUCAUCAAAAUCAACUUUGGAACUUAGUUCAGCUGUCUUGAAAGCUCAUACAGAUGAUGCAGGGGAGUGCUCCUCUUCUGGCGCAGUGAUUGCUGGGAAAGAGCCAGAAGAGAUUUCAGAAAGAGAUGCUUGCAUUUCGAUUCUUAUAAGUCAGGGAGUGCUCGAUAGAGUUUGGGUUAGAAGAGAUGGAGCAUCUAAUGAAAAAACUAACAAAUAUUGUUCCAAGUCGUGCAAAGUAUGUGAGCAGAGGGACAGCUCAAAAAACAUGCUGCUAUGCGAUAAUUGUGAAGAUGCAUUUCAUACUUCUUGCUAUAAUCCUUGCAUAAAAAUAUUGCCACUUAGCGAGUGGCUUUGUAGCUCGUGUCUGAAAAAAAAGCAUAAAGUAUUGAACGAUAAAUCUACAAGCAAUAAUCUGGGGUACACAGUCACAGAAACGGGCAUAAAUCGACAUUCAACAUCGGAAUUGGAACUGGGAUCCUUGGAGUUCAUGUUUACAGACACUGAACCAUAUAUGUCCUACGUGCGAGUUGGCAAUGAAUUUCAAGCUGAUGUUCCUGAUUGGUGCGGCCCCAUUGAUGAGGAUUGCAAUUAUUUUGGCGAUGUGUUAGAAGUGGAUACUUCUAGUAACAUUGACACACAGGACAAGGACGCUAUCAAUUUUUUAAAGCGCAGUCCUAUUGGUAAUUGGAUUCAGUGCCGUGAGGUCAUCGAAGGAGUUGGAGAAGGCAUUGAUGGAACUGAGUGCGGAAAAUGGCGCAGAGCCCCCAUCUUUGAAGUCCAAACGGAUAACUGGGAAUGCUUUCGUUGCAUUCUUUGGGAUCCAACUCGUGCAGACUGUGCCGCGCCCCAGGAACUAGAAACAGAAGAAGUAAUGAAGCAAUUGAAGUAUGUGGAGAUGUUGAGACCGCGGCUAGCUGCAAAAAAGCGCAAACUGGAGAAAUUGAAGGGAAGCGGCUCAUGAGACUGUCGAGGUUAUGAAGAAAGGCGAAGAUGAUGGGAGGCGGCUAGGAAGUUGUAGAUGAGUUGAAGGCUGUUAGUUUUGAACCACAAAUCGAAAUGCAAAAUAUGCAUCGAAAGGUUUGAACUACAUGUUCUUGUGGAGGCUCUCUUAGGGUAGCUUAAUUGUUGUUUUUAUGUUCUCUUUUGGGUUGUGAACUUUUGCUCAUCUUUAGCAUUGUCAGUGUCUAGCCAAACUUUUUUUUGCUGUUUUGAGCAUAUAUAGUCCAUAUUUGGAAAUUUUUUAUUUUGAUCCCAAUCUCUUAUGGUAAAAAGCAGGUGGUUUUAGUGUUGAUAUUUCUGAUGAAUGGAAAGCCAUGUUGAUGAUCUGAUGAAUGGAAAUUCAGUAUUACUAGGGGCAUUUUGGUAAGAGUGGCUUAUAUGAUUUCAACUCUAGGAACAUAUAUGCAUUAAUUUUUUAUAAAAAAAAUGCAUUUUAUCAUGAAGAAUAAAUGUUAGCCUAAUAGUUUAUGACAAUAUCAAUACGAAAUCCAAAUAAUACUUUACAAUGGUAUCAAUAGAGUGUAGAGAUUAAUAAGCAAGAGUAUUCUCUUGAUUAUCUUAACUCCACUUUGACUUGAAAGUCGGUUUCUGGAGAGGCAAUGUACUCGGAGAAUAUUCAACAUCAAUCGUGUGCUUCAGCCAGUCAUUGUAUUGUCGACGAGGACAGCUGGUGUCGUCUUUCAGCAUGUACUCGAGCAUCAUCGCCCACUCUGUUAUCCCUUUUGGCACCACUGGCUUGUACAUCCCGGUAGCCUUCAUUUAUGAAGCUUGCUGUAGAACAGCACCAAAACUGCACAGAACAGUCGUCCCACGGGUGUAGUUCUAUCCCUUGUCAAGUUCGGUUUUACUGCCACAUGAAGAGCUUGUAUACAUUGUUCCUGCUAUCUCUAGUCGACUAGUUGAGCACAAAUCGGAGAAUCUCGAUACCUUCUUCUCAUAACUCAGCCUGCUGUGCAGAUUCUACAAUGCUGAUGGAGCAAGCUGACUAAGAACACUAAUGCUUGCCAACCACAUUUAAUUAUGAUGAAUAUGUAGCAUUUAGUUUAAGGAUUUGAAUUGGGAAUCAAAUUUAUCAGACUCCAUCAGUGCUGUGCUGGUUCUGACUCAAGUUUUGUUCUGCAUAUUGUAAAUGCUUCUUGUCUGGAUCUCCAACAAACAACUGCCAUUGUAACACCUAUAAUCUUUUAAUCUCUUUUGCCAUUAUAUUUA